AUGGCAGGGAUCUUCAACAUGGUAGGUUUUGUUGUUGGGGUAGUGGUAGGAGUUGUUGUUGAGGUGGUGGUAGGAGUUGUUGUUGCGGUAGUGGUAGGAGAUGUUGUUGGGGAAGUGGUAGGUUUAGUUGUUGAAGUAGUUGUAGUAGAUGUUGGGGUAGUGGUAGGUUUUGAUGUUGGGGUAGUGGUAGGUUUAGUUGUUGAAGUAGUUGUAGUAGAUGUUGAGGUAGUGGUAGGUUUUGUUGUUGCGGUAGUGGUAGGAGUUGUUGUUGGGGAAGUGGUAGGUUUAGUUGUUAUAGUAGUUGUAGUAGAUGUUGGGGUAGUGGUAGGUUUUGAUGUUGGGGUAGUUGUAGGUUUAGUUGUUGAAGUAAUUGUAGUAGAUGUUGGGGUAGUAGUAGUUUUUGAUGUUGGGGUAGUGGUAGGUUUAGUUGUUGAAGUAGUUGUAGUAGAUGUUGGGGUAGUGGCAGGUUUUGAUGUUGGGGUAGUGGUAGGUUUAGUUGUUGAAGUAGUUGUAGUAGAUGUUGAGGUAGUGGUAGGUUUUGUUGUUGCGGUAGUGGUAGGAGUUGUUGUUGGGGAAGUGGUAGGUUUAGUUGUUAUAGUAGUUGUAGUAGAUGUUGGGGUAGUGGUAGGUUUUGAUGUUGGGGUAGUUGUAGGUUUAGUUGUUGAAGUAAUUGUAGUAGAUGUUGGGGUAGUAGUAGUUUUUGAUGUUGGGGUAGUGGUAGGUUUAGUUGUUGAAGUAGUUGUAGUAGAUGUUGGGGUAGUGGUAGGUUUAGUUGUUGAAGUAGUUGUAAUAGUUGUUUGGGUGGUGGUAGGUUUUGUUGUUGGGUUACUGGUAAGAGAUGUUGUUGAAGUAGCUGUAGUAGUUGUAGGUUUUGUUGUUAGGGUAGUGGUAGGUUUAGAUGUUGGGGUAGUGGUUGCAGUUGUUGGGGUAGUGGUAGGAGUUGUUGUUUGGGAGGUGGUAGGUUUAGUUGUGGGAGUAGUUGUAGUAGACGUUGGGGUAGUGGCAGGUUUUGAUGUUGGGGUAGUGGUAGGUUUAGUUGUUGAAGUAGUUGUAGUAGAUGUUGAGGUAGUGGUAGGUUUUGUUGUUGCGGUAGUGGUAGGAGUUGUUGUUGGGGAAGUGGUAGGUUUAGUUGUUAUAGUAGUUGUAGUAGAUGUUGGGGUAGUGGUAGGUUUUGAUGUUGGGGUAGUUGUAGGUUUAGUUGUUGAAGUAAUUGUAGUAGAUGUUGGGGUAGUAGUAGUUUUUGAUGUUGGGGUAGUGGUAGGUUUAGUUGUUGAAGUAGUUGUAGUAGAUGUUGGGGUAGUGGCAGGUUUUGAUGUUGGGGUAGUGGUAGGUUUAGUUGUUGAAGUAGUUGUAGUAGAUGUUGAGGUAGUGGUAGGUUUUGUUGUUGCGGUAGUGGUAGGAGUUGUUGUUGGGGAAGUGGUAGGUUUAGUUGUUAUAGUAGUUGUAGUAGAUGUUGGGGUAGUGGUAGGUUUUGAUGUUGGGGUAGUUGUAGGUUUAGUUGUUGAAGUAGUUGUAGUAGAUGUUGGGGUAGUAGUAGUUUUUGAUGUUGGGGUAGUGGUAGGUUUAGUUGUUGAAGUAGUUGUAGUAGAUGUUGAGGUAGUGGAAGGUUUUGUUGUUGGGGUAGUGGUAGGAGUUGUUGUUGAGGUGGUGGUUUUGAUGUUGGGGUAG